AUGUAUUCUUUCUCUUUCUCGUUGUCAUCUUCAAAAAUCAAAACUCUCUUCACACUUGACAAAGCAUUUCUCUCCUUGUUCAUCAUGUCUACCUUCAUCUUCUUCUUUGUCCUUUUGUCAAUGAUCUCUCCAUCUCAACAAACAUUCUACCAUGGACAAGAUGAUCACAAUCCUCCCAAUUGUGAUCACUUCUCAAACUUCACAACAAAUGGAUACCUUGUCUUCAAGGUAUCCUCCAAAGGCUGUGGAGAUUUUACCAAAGUUCAAGAUGCCAUAGAUGCCAUUACUCCAUCAAGCCAAGUCAAAAAUCUCAUCCUAAUUGACUUUGGAAUCUACAUGGAAAGAGUCCUUGUUCCUUCAAACAAGAUGAACAUUGUGAUGCAAGGAAUGGGCUACUUAACCACAUCCAUUGAGUGGAACAACACAGCAGCCUCUUCCAAUGGGACAUUUAGUAGCUUUUCUGUUGGAAUAUUUGGAGAUUCUUUCAAAGCAUUCAACAUAAGCUUCAAGAACAAUGCUCCAGCACCAAAUCCUGGUGCAAAGGAUGAACAAGGUCUUUCUCUAAGGGUUAGCGGAGACAAAGUUGCCUUCUUUGGUUGUGGUUUCUAUGGGAACCAAGACACACUUCUAGACCAGCAAGGAAGACACUUUUUCAAAGAAUGCUUCAUUGAAGGAUCCAUAGACUUCAUCUUUGGCAAUGCAAGGUCUCUUUACCAGGAUUGCAUAAUUCACUCUGUUGCAAAGGAAAAUACAUUGGGGUGUAUUACAGCAAAUGGGAAGGAAGCAAUCAACAACCAAACAGGAUUUUCUUUUGUGAAUUGUGUGGAAAGUAGCAAAGUCUGGUUGGGACGUGCAUGGAGGCCUUAUUCCACAGUUGUCUUCUCCAGGACAUGCAUGUCCCGAGUUGUGUCUCUUGAUGGUUGGAAUGACAUGGGAAAUCCUACAAGCCAAAGGGCAGUUUACUAUGGAGAACACCGGUGCUAUGGACCUGGAGCGAAUCACAGUCAAAGGGUUCCCUAUGCGAAGAAACUCAGUGAUGUUGAAGCCGCCCCUUUCACCAGCAUCAAGUUUAUUGAUGGCGACCAAUGGCUCUAG